AUGUACGCCAGCAUUUUCGGGAACGUUAGUGCCAUCAUUCAGCGUCUUUACAGCGGUACUGCCCGCUACCACACGCAGAUGUUGCGCGUGAAGGAGUUCAUCCGUUUUCAUCAGAUCCCCAAUCCACUGCGCCAACGACUUGAAGAAUAUUUCAUCCAGGCUUGGGCCUACACCAACGGUAUCGACUUGACUCUGGUGCAGCGUAGUUUUCCCGAGUGCCUUCAAACGGAGAUUUGCAUCUACGUAUUUCGGCAGAUGCUUUCCACUUCUCCAGCCUUCAGAGGUCUGUCCGCACAGCGCGAUCAAUCCUAA